UAACCCUUUAAAUUAAUAGAGGAAAGAAAAGCGUAAUGCUCACGUUACUUACCCGCCAAAAAUCACACUUGCUACACCUUUUUACUUAGAAAAAUGGACUCCAUAUAUGUAGCUCGGCUCAACAUUCAACACCACCAAAAAACAAACAAACAACACACACGAACUCUAAUGGCAAAUUGGCUCUCCAUUCCCGCCGGCUUCCCGGAGUCGCUCCCCGCCUUUCUCCUCCUCCUCCUCGUCUCCAUUCCCUUCCUCCUCCGCCGCGGCUCCCGCCGCCAAAACCUGCCCCCGGGCCCACCGACGCUCCCCCUAAUCGGCAACCUCCACCAGCUCGCGGGCCCAACACUCCCCCACCGGUCCAUCACCAACCUGGCCCAAAAAUACGGGCCCAUCAUGCGCCUCCAGCUGGGCCAGUGCCUCGCCGUCGUCAUCUCCUCCCCUGACGCCGCCAAGGAAGUCCUCCGCACAAAAGAGCUCAGCUUCCCACAACGGCCCGAGGUCCUCGCCGUCGAGAUCAUGUCGUACGACCACUCCAGCCUCGUCUUCGCCCCUUACGGCGACUACUGGCGCCAGCUCCGCAAGAUCUGCGUCUCCGAGCUACUCUCCGCCAAGCGCGUGGCCUCCUUCCGCUCCAUCCGCGAGCAGGAAGUCUGGGACCUCGUCGUUUCGAUAUCAAACGACGCCGUUUCCAACACAACCCAAAACGACGCCGUGGCGAUAAACCUGAGCGAGAGGAUAUUCCUGGCGACCAACAACGUAACGUCGCGGUCGGCGUUCGGGAUGAGGUGUCGGGACGGCGGCGAGUUCCUGUCGCUCCUCCACCAGGUGAUCCAGGUCGGCGGCGGGUUCAAUUUGCCUGAUUUGUUUCCUUCGUUUCGGUUCCUCCGCCACGUCACCGGGAUACAGGCCGCGCUGGAGCGGAUCCACGUCGGGAUCGACCGGAUCCUGGAGGAUAUAGUGAAACAGCAUCUUGGGCCGGGUCGGGUUGUCGAUGGGUCGGGACCCGGUGGUCGUGAGGAAGAUCUGUUGGAUGUUUUGAUCAAGCUGCAGGAUUCUGAUGAGACCGAGUUGAAGCUUACCACCAAUCACCUCAAAGCCGUCACUAUGGAUAUAUUUUCAGCAGGCAGCGAGACAUCGGCGACGACGAUGGAGUGGGCGAUGGCCGAACUGAUGAAGAACCCAAGAGUGAUGGAGAAGGCGCAGGUGGAGCUACGACGAGCAUUCAAUGGGAAGACGAGAAUCGAAGAGAGUGACCUCCACAACCACGACCUGAGUUACCUGAGGUCGGUCGUCAAAGAAACGUUGAGGAUGCACCCUCCGGGUCCUUUGCUUCCUCGAGAGUCCGUCGAGGCAUGUGAGGUUGGAGGAUAUCACAUACCGACGAAGGCUAAGAUCCUUAUCAAUGCAUAUGCGAUAGGGAGAGAUCCAGAAACAUGGGUCGACCCGGAUUGCUUCAGGCCGGAGCGGUUCGAGGGUUCGGUCGUGGAUUUUAGGGGUACGAAUUUUGAAUUGAUCCCGUUUGGAGGAGGGAGGAGGAUCUGUCCUGGAAUAUCGUUUGCUACGGCGAACAUAGAUCUGGCGUUGGCUCAAAUGUUGUACCACUUUGACUGGAAGUUUCCAGAAGGAAUGACGCAUGAGGAGAUGGACAUGAGCGAGAUAUUUGGUAUUACGGCUAGGAAGAAGCACAAUCUGCACCUCGUUCCUGUUCUACGCAUCCCGUUCUCGAAUUGUUGAGAGACAUAGCAUUGGGAUUAGAGAGAUUCAGAAUAAUGUGUGUAUCUUAAAUCUCAUUCCACCACAAAGCACGAAUUAUCCAGACUACAAACAACUACUUGAAACAGAAGUUAUGAAAUAAAGAUAAAAGUUGAAUGUUUUGAGUCGGAUAUCUUCGUGCAGAAGAGAUGGUAUGUAAAAUAGGGGUGAACAAACACACCCGCAAACCGACCCACCCGUCCAAGCCGAUCCAACCCACCCGUAUUUAUCGCUAAAACGAAGGUUUUGGGUUGGGUGAGAGUUUUCUUUUGUACAACCCGCCUCUUUUGGGUUGGGUUUGGAUUUUGGAUUACACAACCCGACCCAACCCGUGUUCCAACUAUUAGUAUGAGUUCGGAUCUAAAAAAAUAUUUAUGUAGUAUAUAGUCAUAUACUUAUGAGAAAAUUAAGAUAUUUCACCAUGUUUUUCUCUCAUGGUCUCCCUAAUCUAAUGCAUUCUUCGACUUAAAGUUUAGACAUAAAUUGAAUAUAGUUAUGAUUCACGUAAUCUUUUUUCUUGUGUACAAUUUUAAUAGAAUAACAUAUGAUAGAUGCUUUUGCUUAUAACAUUUUUAGCCUAUUCCAACAAAUAUCGUGAAAAAAACAAGACAUAUGUUGAAGUAAAUAACAUUUUAUUAAAAUUUAAACAACAUU